AUGUCCGAGCAGCAGCAGCAGCAACAGCAGCAGCAGCAGCAACAGCAGCAGAAUCAGGAGGAGCAGCAAUGGUUGCCUAUAGAAGGUACACCUGAGGUACUGAACCCUUAUCUAGCAGCUCUAGGGGCCCCUUGCGUAGGGGCCCCCCAAGAAGGGGGGGCCCCCAAGGAGGCGGGGGCCCCCCAAGAAGGAGGGGCCCCCAAGGAGGCGGGGGCCCCCCUCCUCCUUGUAGAGGACGUACUAGCACUAGAGCCAUGGGCAAUAGAUAUGCUGAGGUGUACAGACACCGCAGCUUUGCUGCUGCUGUUCCCUAUAACAGAUAAGGAGGAUAAGGAAUGGGAACAGCAGCAGCAGCAGCAGCAGCAACUGCUGCAGCAUAUGCAGCAAGUGCAGCAGGAAUAUGAUGAAGAAUUAAAGAAAAAUAUAUGGUUUGUUAAACAGAGGAGACAUGGGAUUUAG